GCCAAUAUAAAAAGUUCGGAAAAUAAGUGGAAAAUAACCCGCGGUUUACUUGAGUGUACCUCACCUCCCCUCCCCUCCCCGAUCCUCUUUCUCCCCUCGGUAGAGCCAGGGCGCGACCGCGCGAAGGAAGCAACGAAAGCCCAAAGCUGGCGCAUCCUUAGCACCCAAGGGAAGAAGAAAGAGGCGAGAGAGCGAGGCGUCCCGGAGGCAGAGCCAAGAGGAUCCAUGGAUCGGCCCCAGGUGGUCAGCGAGAACUAUGCCAAUCCUAUAACAUGCCUCUUCCAUGUGCUCUUCAAGGCGUCGGCACUGGCGUUCUACAUCCUCUUCUCGCUCUUCGUGAAGAGCUUCGUCAUCAUCUUUGUCAUCACUGUGCUCCUCGCUGCGCUCGACUUCUGGGUGGUGAAGAAUGUCAGCGGAAGGAUACUCGUCGGGCUGCGGUGGUGGAAUGAGAUUGACGAUGAUGGCAACAGUGUGUGGAAGUUCGAGUGCCUUGACGGGGAGUCUCUUGCUCGGAUGAACAAAAAGGACUCGUGGCUGUUCUGGUGGACUCUUUACUUGAACGCUGCUGCAUGGAUCAUUCUUGGGAUAUUUUCACUCAUUAGACUUGAAGCUGAUUACCUUCUUGUUGUUGGAGUUUGCUUGACUCUAAGCCUUGCGAACAUCGUGGGAUUCACCAAAUGCAACAAAGGUAUGGCAUACUUACAUUCUUGUCAACAUUUAUCAGAUGGGGGGAAGUUGUUUUGUACUGUAUUGUGCAUUGCCCUCACAAACUGCUUAUUUAUUCUGAUAAGCAAAUAAGCAACAUUAUCUAUUCGAAGUAAGAUUCACUGAUAAAAUGUUGUAAUUCCAGUUCUGCAUAACUUCAUUACAUACCUUUGAUAUUAUUUGUUGGUCUUUCCCUUUUUUGGAACAUUGAACUUGUCAGUUCAGCUUCUUGGAUUUACAGCCAGAUAGUUACUUUGCAUAUGUGCAGUAACAGAAUAACAUGAAAUUACUAUUUUUGUUCUUUCAAUCUUCAUUUAGCCUGUUGCAUUCCACUUUGCUUUUGUUUACUUUAUGAGCUCUGCUUUUGUGGUAUUAUCCAUUUACCUUUUUAGAAACAAAAGUUAUGUGUUCUUUGUUGAAGCUUGUUGUGAUAUACCUAUCAAAUCUUACACACUUCAUCGUGGGCAUUUAUAUUACAGAUGCCAAGAAGAACAUCCGAGCUUUUGCUGAAAAUGCCGCUCAAAACGCCAUCACAUCCCGCAUCACAUCAUCCCUGCAGUCAGCAUUCGGUAUCUGAAGUCCAGAUUACAGAGGCCCAAAAUUACAUACAACUGUGUACCAUCUGUCAAAGAAGAUCAGCUUGUGAUAUCCCGUUUUCAUGUGAUUUUGGCUUAUAUACCAAGUAGGUCGAUUUUGAUUGGAGUGACACUAUGAUGGAAUACAGCGUACUAAUUAGCCCUAGGUAAAUUUACACUUUCUCCUGUACUAAAGAGCAUACUUUCUUCUUCUCUUGUACCCUGGUGUGGCCUAGAGGUUCGAAGCAUGUCUUCCAAUGCAGAAGGCCUUUUUUGUUUGUGAAAAGGACAUGGUUCUGUUAUGAUUCCUCACAUGUUGGACCUGCCUGA